GGGCGGGGCUGCUGUCUGGGGUGGGACUAGGCAAAUAUCACCCUAUGGGGUAGGGUGACAGGCCCGGGCCGCGCGUUGAGGAUAGGUUAUCUCUGUAGGGGCGUGGCUUGUGGGGCCUCGCUUUCCCGCCGACGGUUGGCCACGUCACGUGACAUGGGCUGGAAGAUGGCGUCUCCCACGGACGGGAUGGAUUUGGAAGCAUCUUUGCUGAGUUUUGAGAAACUUGACCGAGCCUCGCCAGAUCUUUGGCCGGAACAAUUACCAGGAGUUGCUGAAUUUGCAGCUUCUUUCAAAAGUCCCAUCACUAGCUCUCCACCAAAAUGGAUGGCUGAAAUAGAACGUGAUGACAUCGAUAUGUUAAAAGAGUUGGGGAGCCUCACCACAGCUAAUUUGAUGGAGAAGGUACGAGGCCUCCAGAACCUGGCCUAUCAGCUGGGGCUGGAUGAGUCCAGAGAGAUGACCAGGGGGAAAUUCCUGAACAUCCUAGAGAAACCCAAGAAGUAGCAGCCACUCCAGCACAAGUGUCCUGAAGACUACACCAAGUUCCCUUCCCAGUGUCGCUCUGAUGACGCACGCAGCGUGCUUCCUGGGGAAAGACUGCCCUUCUCCCCUGCUCCUGGCACUCCGCACCUCUGAGGACAUUUGGCAGCAAGAGAAGAAUCUGUUCUACCCGAGGACCAUUGCCAUUUCCUGAGUCGGCUCCGUAGCUCUGGUAACAUAGAGGUCUCAUCAUUCCGAAAGGUCCUUUCCAAAAGUGACUGAGGAGUCUCAGGAUCUUAGAACUCCUUCGGUUCUGUAAUGGCAGAGUCAGUAGUGACGUGUUGAUUAGUGGGUUCUGUUAAGUUGUACUUGACCUCUUAAGAAGCAUUCAUGACGAGGACAUCAGAGAGAGACCAACUACAUUCUGGACCAGACUGUGCAUCCUGACCUGUGAACUCUACAGAUCUAACGGAUUCUAUGACUUCCAUUCUGAAGGAAACAAUCCUCUUGAAAUGUACAUCUGCUUUUGUAAGUCUGUACCUCCAAUGACACUCUUGCCCUUAGCACUAUCCAUUCCCCCGCUCCCAGGCCCACUUUGCAGGUCUGACUCUGGACAAGUGGAGCUCUCAUAGUGACUCUCUAGAAAAAAGACUCAUGCUGGGUCACCCUGGGUUCUAGACCCCCAGGCUAGUGUGAAGACAAUGGAAGGAACUCUGGUUAGUCUCUUACAUUUGUAAGUGAAAAAGUGAGUGUGACCUGGUAGUGGGAGGGCAUGGUUGUAAGAGUUCCCUUCGACUGAAAACAAGAAGCCCCGACUGACUUAGUGUGUGCUGUCGGAUGGUAACAAUGCUUUCCCCUUUUCCUCCUCUCAGCCCCAUAUCAGAUACUCCACUUACAUGAUACAAACAUACCCAGAGGAAAAUGGUCUGGCUUAAAACAACUCUCACAGAUUAUUUUUGCUACUUGUAUAUGUCUGCUAAAGUCUGAAAAUCUUGCCCCUGGGUAAAAUGGAUUAGACCCAGCCUUUCACAUUUUGAAAAGCGCAGAGUUCCCUCAAUAUUAUAGGAAGAAAAGCUCCGUGGCCAUCAUCCAUUGGGAGUUCGAACACAGGAGAAGCUGUGGCCAGGUCUCUGUCAUGUGUCUGUUAGGGCACAGUGCUCUUGAGGUUCACAGCGGGUCCUUGACCAUUCUCGACAGACACUUGUGCCUAAUGCUAGAGUUGAUACUGGAUUGUCCCCUUUCUUAGUGCUGUUUGAUCGACACCGUUUUACUUUUUAAAAGGAAAAAGCAAUGAAAUAUGUACCACAAAAGAGAAGUAUGAGAAGAGAAACAUUCUGCUGGAGUACUCCCUAGAAGGGCCAGUUGAUUUUAAGCUUAAGUCUGUGAUUGACAUUUUUUAUCUCACGAAAUGCGGUUAUAGUGAGUGUAUACGAGUGAUCAGAAAUAAUGCCAUAUGUCAAAUUUUUUCUUCACUCUGUUUUUGAGAGUUGAUGAUAUCAGGCACUUUUCGGGGUUUGGGGACUUGAAAGGUAUGUGGAGAAUACUGGGAUGGCUCCCCAAACCAACUCGUCUGUAACGGGAAGCCAGUGGUUGGUGUUUGGAACUGCUGUGGCCUCCUCCUCUCAUUGUCAUCCUGUUCACCAGCACUUAAUUAAUGUAAGUAGACAUGUUGUAGAAUUGUGAUAUUUAUUGUUUUUGUAUUUGUCAUCCUUAGAAAUGUUAAUGAUGUAUUUUUAUAUUGAUAAUAUAAAUGUAUGUACAGUAUGCAUAUGUAUUUUAGAACGUUAGAGGAUUAUACUUUGUGUAUAAUAUGUCUUCAUAAUAAAUGUGUCCCUUGUA